UAUCUGAAUGUACCAACGCUUGUUUAUCCCUUCAUGUACUACUGAAGGAAAUCUGGGUUGCUUCUAAGAUUAGGCAAUUAUGAAUAAAGAUACAGUAAGCAUCCUUGUGCAGGUUUUUGUGUGGACAUAAGUUUUUAAAUUACUUGGGUAAAUAUCAAAUAGUGUGAUCCUUGGUAGUGCAAAUUGAUUGUAGUCCAUGUAUUCUGGCAUGUUCAUUUAUUUUAAAAUAAUUUUCUUUUUUUUUUUAAUUAACAGGAUUGCCUUUGAGAUUAUUUUAAAAGUUUUGAAUUAUACAGAAAUUGGUACAUUGUGGAACAGCCUGUCCAGAAAUGAUCACUUCAGAGUUACCGGUGUUACAGGAUUCAACUAAUGAAACUACUGCCCAUUCCGAUGCUGGCAGCGAACUCGAAGAAACAGAGGUCAAAGGAAAAAGAAAAAGGGGUCGCCCCGGCCGGCCUCCAUCUACAAAUAAGAAACCUCGAAAAUCUCCAGGAGAGAAGAGCAGAAUUGAAGCUGGAGUUAGAGGAUCAGGCCGUGGAAGAGCUAAUGGGCACCCUCAACAAAAUGGUGAAGGGGAGCCAGUCACAUUAUUUGAAGUGGUGAAACUGGGGAAAAGUGCAAUGCAGUCUGUGGUGGACGACUGGAUUGAAUCAUAUAAACAAGACAGGGACAUCGCACUUCUGGAUUUAAUCAACUUUUUUAUCCAGUGUUCAGGAUGUCGAGGUACAGAAUGUUAAAAUAAACCAUGUACAUUGAGCCUGUGAGUCUAGCAGUGUGACUUUUGUUUCACCUGCCACUAGUCAUGUAUAAUUCAUCCUAUAAUUAUAUACUGAUCUUUUUCUGAUAGAGAAAAUGAUUGGUAGGUUAUUGAAGGCUGUUUCAUCUUGAUUCUGAUUCAGUUUUGCCCCUGUAAGUUAACACAUUUCUCUCUUUUUUGAAAUU